AUGAAGACCGCAGCCCACAUCAUGGCCCUGGCUACAAGUGCCUAUGCCUGGACCUACCCCAACUGCGAACACGAUGACUGCUACCGCAACCUGGUUGACACUCGUUAUAUCGGACAGGGUCCCGCCUUCAGCAUUGGUUGGAUCUCUGGUACCGCCAUGAAUGCUAGUGCUAUUCCCGCGCAGUCCCGCAAUUGCCCGGGUGUUGCCCCUUUGUCCUCUGCCUGCUGGUGCAUCUCAUAG